GAAUCCAAUAUAUGAAUUAAUGGCCGACCAUUGUUUUCAAUUGAGGAAAAAAUCUGCUGUUGAUUUAGAAAGCAUGAGCAACUAUUCAUAGAUCUUGAUUUAACUCUAUUUAAAAAAAGAGAGAGAAUGGAAGAACAGGGGUGUCCACGGUGUAAAACGACAAAAUACAGAAACCCUUCACUUAAGUUGAUGGUUAAUAUUUGCGGCCAUUCUUUAUGUGAGAACUGUGUUGAGCUUUUGUUCGUGAAGGGUUCAGGCUCAUGUCCUGAUUGUGGUACAGCUCUGAGAAGACAAAACUUCCGGCUACAGAUAUUUGAAGAUGCCAUUGUGGAAAAGGAAAUAGAUAUCAGAAAAAGGAUUCUGAGAGAUUUUAAUAAAAAGGAAGAAGAUUUUCUCAACUUGAAGGAAUAUAAUGAUUACCUAGAGAUGAUAGAAACAAUAGUUUAUAACCUCAGCAACCAUCAGGAUGUUGAUGCCACAAAGAGAAUGAUAGAACAAUACAAGAAAGAGAACAAAGACCAAAUCAGGAAAAACCAGUCUAAACUAAGUAAAGAUGAGGAGUACCUUGAAGCUCUGAUUGAAAAAGAGCAGCACGAUGCCACUGUGAGAAAGAUAAUGAGUGUGGAGGAUGAGAAGAGAGAGAAGGCAGCUAAAAGAAAACACAAGGAAGCUUUGAUUGAUGAUCUUAUGUUCUCCGACAUGCCAGCCCAUCUAAUCAUCAACACACACAGGGAAACCACUCAACAUGAGGAAACAGAAGCAAAAAUAGCUGCUGCUACAGCAUUUUCUACAGGAAUUAAAAUUGGACAUCAGAACGAGAUAAUUCCUUUAGUCAAGCAAGACCAAGGACAGUUGUACAGAUAUUGUCCAAACAUAAUGGACUGGUGCGGACCUGAGCCACCAACCAUGGACGAGCUUUACACUGAUGGCUACCUCAAGAACAUCAGGUCAGCCAGUGAUGCCGAGAGAGCUGGAGGAUUCCGUGAGGCCCUAGCCUGCCACAGAGCCCUGCAGGAUGCCUUGUGUGGGCUCUACAGCUUCCCUACUGUACCUUCUCCAUCCAAGAAGCUGGCCCUGGGGUCUGCUGCCUCACACCCCCUCCCCAUGGUGACAUCCUGACAGCACGCUGUGUGUUAGAGCAACUGAUCUGAUGGGUAGAACCAGUCCAGCUUGGCCCCUCCCACCCAAGGAUGUAACCACAGCAUCAAUCUAGUGUCAAACCAACAUGGAGGAAAUCUUUUGAGGAAGAUCACAGAAUAGUCUAAGCCAAGACUAGAUAUACUGAUGGUCUUCUGUAAAAUGACUAUCUUUCCCACAUAAUUCUUCUAUAUGUAUAGCAUAUCUGACAUGUUUUCACAAGAUCAUGUCGAAAUUGUACAUAGGUCCAGUAGAAAAAAAUUCAGCAAAUGAUUUGUAUUUUUUGUUAGCAUAAA